CGGAAGUAGCAGGGCAGCCUUAGCACAUAAACAUUGUUAGCAUGUCAACAUCUGCGACUUGAAGCAUUUCAGUUUCACUUUUCCUUUUGCUGCUGUUUUACAAACCGAGUCUCGUCUCUGCCAGGAAAGAUAUUUAAAUCAGCUCCAGAGGUCUCUCAGGUGGUCAGGAGCUGCCUGCAGGGGCUUGUGAUGGCGCUGAGGAGACGGAGACAGAAGAGGAAGAAUGUUUCUGAAUUAUUAGACGGGGUCGGACAGUCAGCGAGAUGAAGAUGAGCGGCGGCACCGACACCAUCAAGCCUGUGACCUGCACCAUCAAACCUCCGGUCUACCUGCAGAUCGGAGACGUCAAAACAGACGCAGCGCACUCCGGUGUUUGUGUUGUGGACGUCACCCUCCCGUAUGGACAGCCUGUCAAUAUUGAGGAAAUCACCUUCAAGAACUACUACACAGCCUUUGUGACUGUGCGUUUGUUGCGGAGGGGCCCCAGGCAGGAGGCCCCCGCUAAGUGGUGCACCGCUCUGAGAGACCUGCCUCUGAUGGACAACCCCCACACCGAGGGGGGCUCCCAAGACUACUGCUCCAUCCACAGGACACAGAUGCAGGUGGAGCCGGAUCACGUGACGUCUGUGAGACUGAUCCUGAGACAGCCGUCCUCCGCCUGGCUCACCUUCAGCCUGGAGGAGAUCAAAAUAUACCCUCACGUGGAGCCGGACCCAGAGAAGGAGGUUUCUGAUUGGCUGUCUGACCUGACCCUGGCCGAACAACACCCUGACCUGGAGGGCCUCCCGGACCCCCAGACCGUAUCAUCCAGCAUCCAGCAGAUGUGGGCUCUGACUGAGGUGAUGCAGACCAACCAGACUACAGCCUCCAUCGGACGAUUUGACGUGGACGGACGCUACGACAUCAACCUGCUCUCCCUGACGUAACACGGCCACGAGGAGCUCACUAUGAAGACCGCAGUUCGGUCUGUGAGGGAGCGAUGACCCGUACGAAUGUAUGUUGCCUUGCAGAGAAGAACAAGUAUUAUGUGUGUGUUGCCUUUUUGAACUUUAAUGAGAGAACUAUUUAUUUCUUGGUCAUGACACUUCUCAGAUAAGCUUGCACUCGGGCACGAGCUGGACGUAAUGAGUUUGUUUUUCCUUUCAGGGCAUGUCAAUAAAAGUAAAGCAUUAACUGCA